CAUCAGUUCGCGACACCGGAAGUCCCUCCCAUGACGCCUGUUGGUCCCAGGUGAGCUUUGGAGGUGGUGUCAUGUCUGUCCAGGAGCUGCAGGAACAUUUCCGAACCAACUGCAAGACUAGGGAGUUCCCAGCACACAGUGCCAAGGUUCACUCGGUGGCAUGGAGCUGUGAUGGCCGGCGCCUGGCAUCGGGCUCCUUCGAUAAGACAGCAAGCGUGUUCGUGCUGGACAAAGACCGGCUGGUGAGAGGGGAAGGCAAUGAAUGGAGGGCAGGGGCAGUGAAUGGAGAGCAGGGGCAGUGAAUGAAUGGAGGACAGGGGCAGUGAAUGAAUGAAUGGAGGACAGGGGCAGUGAAUGAAUGAAUGGAGGACAGGGGCAGUGAAUGAAUGGAGGACAGGGGCAGUGAAUGAAUGGAGGACAGGGGCAGUGAAUGAAUGGAGGACAGGGGCAGUGAAUGAAUGGAGGACAGGGACAGUGAAUGAAGGACAGGGCAAUAAAUGAAUGGAGGCAGUAAAUAAAGGGCAGUGCAUGGAGGGGAGGGGCAGGGAAAUGAUUGAAGGACAGGGCAAUGAAUGGAGACCGUCAGUUUGAUACCAGUAGGACAGCAGGAGAUAGUUAGUAAUGUCUUAUCACUAAGUGUAUUAUUCCCUAUGGCAGGACGCAAAGUUAAGGUUAUUAUAAUUAAAUGCUAGUUAGGGUUGUUAUAAUUAAAUGCUAGUUACAGCAAUUAUAAUAACGUACUAAAAAGGUUAUCAGCCAAUCUAAAUCUCCUUAUUAACCCCAUGCAAUGCCAAUAUUAGCACUUUCCUUUUUUAGUUCUGACAUUAAUGUGCAGCAGAUUUCUCCCCAUGGUGCAUUCUCCCUUCAUCAACUGAAAAUGCUCACUUAGGUAAACUCAUAUUUCACUAGAAAUUUGCUGUGUGGUAGUGGUUAACUCAAAUGUCAUAAUAAAAUGUGCUAAAAUAAAUAAAUCUUAUCUGUAAAUAAAUAUUACAAGCACCGUAAUCACUACAUUUCACUGUACCAUUUUUUAAAUAGUAUGCACUAUUUUUCCCUCAGUGGGUGGCUAGUGAUAAGCUGAUUCUUUCAUCCUAUUACUUGCUGCCAAGCUAAACCUUCAUCUUAAUGCAGCGGCUAGUGGUGUUAGGGGCCAGAGGCCUAACAUAUGGACAUGCACUGUACUUAUUUUUUUCAGCCUACAUUGUGAGGCAACUGCCUCAUUCAAAGCUAAAAUGAAAAAAAAAAGCUAUUGAAUUAGACAGUUGUCUCAAAAUGACAGUUGUCUCUAAAAUGAGAAAAAAAAAGCUAUUGAAUUAGACAGUUGUCUCAAAAUGAUGCAUGUCCCUUUAAGGUGAUUUGGGAUUUGGAAAUGUUCCCUAGUCAUUUUCAUAAAAAAUAAUGCAAUCAUAUUAAAGGACCACUCUAGGUACCCAGACCACUUCAGCUUAAUGAAGUGGUCUGGGUGCCAGGUCCCUCUAGGAUUAACCCCUUUUUUUUUUUUUUUUUAUAAACAUAGCAGUUUCAGAGAAACUGUUGUUUAUAAUAGGGUUAAUCCAGCCUCCAAAUCCUCUAGUGGCUGUCUCAUUGACAGCCGCUAGAGGCGCUUGCAUGCUUCUCACUGUGAAAAUCACAGUGAGAAGACGCCAGCGUCCAUAGGAAAGCAUUGCAAAUGCUUUCCUAUGAAACAGGCUGAAUGCGCGCGCAGCUCCUGCCGCGCGUGUGCAUUCAGCCGAAGGAGAGGAGGAGGAGAGCGCCCGACUGGCGCUGGAAGAAAGGUAAGUUUUAACCCUUUCCUCUCCCCAGAGCCGGGCGGGAGGGGGUCCCAGAGGGUGGGGGUACCCUCAGGGCACUAUACUGCCAGGAAAACGAGUAUGUUUUCCUGGCACUAUAGUGGUCCUUUAAUAUCACAAUUGUGCAGUACUUCUUACAUAGAAAUAAAUGUAAGCACAAAGCCACUUCCUGCUUCAGGCACAGGUAUGUUGUUGAAAGUCAGAGACACUUGGAGGCAAGUAUUCAUUCUUGGUUAAAGCGACUGGUUAAAUAGAAUCUUUACGAAAAGCUCUUUUUGAUAGACUUGUAAUUUAUUUUCCCAUGCAAUCAAAUCAUAGAUGUAAAUUAGGUAUUAUUUGUCUCAUGUAAUUGGACAUUUUUGGCUAAUGGUGGAAUGUCCAAUGGCUGAUAUCAAGAGGGAUCAUCUUGCACAUUGUGCAUUCGAUGCUAUCUCACCCCAUUUUGAACACACAAAAUUAUCUUUUAACUACUGGUAGGAGAGGCAGCUUACUUGAAGUACAUUUUUCUUAUCAGCUCUCCCUCACCCAACUUUUACACAAGCAGACAUGUCGCUUCUUGGGUCUUUGCACAGAAGCCACAAGUGUCAGUACAGCUGUAAAGCACUGUUAUCUAUGCAGUGUCCACAUACAUUGUAUUGUAAUAUCUCAACUGGAAAGCCAUUUAACUGAUUUAUGCUUUUGUAUAUUAUUUUGUAAUUGUCUGUGACUGAUAUAAAGACUAAUUUGCGACCUCACCAUUCAUACUCCUAAAUGGUGUUUUAUAUACUUUUCCUCUAGGUGAAGGAGAAUAAUUACCGUGGGCACACAGACAGUGUGGACCAACUCUGCUGGCAUCCUAGCAACCCGGAUCUCUUUGUCACGGCAUCAGGAGACAAAACUAUACGCAUAUGGGAUGUUAGAGGGGCAAAAUGUGUAUCCACUGUUAACACUAAGGGUGAGUGGUAUCACUGUUUUAUACAUUAUUUUAUUAUUAGUGGGGUACUUUACACAUUGUUAAAACACUUUUGCGUGAUCCAGUGUCCUCUCCUGUCAUUUUACUAAAGCGGGGAGCUCAAUUAAAGUAAAAUUAUAGUGUUGGGAAUACAAACAUAUAUUCCAUCCUGUUCUGUUACCCUUUUAGAUUUCUGCCUCCCUAAAUAAAAUAAUUUUUUAACCCCUUAGGGACGCAUGACAUGUCUGACAUGUCAUGAUUCCCUUUUAUUCCAGAAGUUUGGUCCUUAAGGGGUUAAAAGCAUUUAAAUUACCUUGUUUUCGGUGCAGAGACUCAGUCCACACCUCCCAUAUUGUCUUCCUGUAGACCGACUCCUCUUUGGCUUCUUGUCCAAUCCAAUACGUUUCAUAGAGAUGCAGUGGGGGAUGAGAAGUGCAUAGAGAGGCAUUGACUUUAAUAUUUCUCAUAGAGAAGCAUCAGAGGACUUUCAUUGUGCUUGUACAAUGUGUGAGAAUGCUGAAUAUCACAUAACAAAGUCUGACCCAUAGAAACAUAAAAUGUGACAGCAGAUAAGAACCCAUCUAGUCUGCCCAAUUUUCUUAAUACUUUCAUUAGUCCCUGGUCUUAUAGUUAGGAUAGCCUUAUGCCUAUGCCACACAUGCUUAAACUCCUUCACUGUGUUAACCUCUACCACUUCAGCUGGAAGACUAUUCCAUAAAUCCACUACCCUCUCAGUAAAGUAAUACUUUCUAAUAACAUUUUUAAACCUUUGCCCGUCUAAUUUGAGACUGUCUUCUUGUUGUGGUAGUUUUUCUUCUUUUAAAUAUGGUCUCCUCCUUUACUGUGUUGAUUCCCUUUAUAUAUUUAAAUGUUUCUAUCAUAUCCCCCCUGUCUCGUCUUUCCUCCAAGCUAUACAUGUUAAGUUCCUUUAACCUUUCCUUGUAAGUUUUAUCCUGCAAUCCAUGAACCAGUUGAGUAGCCCUUCUCUGAACUCUCUCUAAAGUAUACGGUCUCCAGUACUUGAGCUCAGUUGUAGGAGCAUAAGCACCAUCUAGUGGCUGUCAGGAAUACAGGCACUAGAGGUGUGUGUAAACUUGUAAUGUAAACAUUUAUUGUUUCUCUAUUUUAUACUGCUGGAACGAAAUGGCAGGGACCACUGCAGCCAGAUCACUUAAUUGAGAUGAAGUUGCCUGUGUGCCCUUAGUGUCUGCACAAGUUAGAAAAAGUCAGCAUACUUGAAUUGGGGACUUUUAAUCUGUGUGUGUGUGCAUUGCUGUAAUUAACCAAUUUAAUUAAAAUUAUGAAACCAAAACAAGGUGGGACACAAAGCGCAUUUUUUUGUUAUGUUGUGUGGGCUUUUUGUGUUUACACCACUGCUGCUUUAUUUAACCCAGUGGAGACUGUUCCACUUAAGGUAACAGGGACAUUUAAACAAGAAGUUAAACUACACGGAAGUAUUCCCAGUAGAGUACGAACACACAAUUUUUGUUGUUCUCCUCUUAAUAUAGUAAAAUUGUUUAUAGCAACAAUAUACCGAAACAUAUUUCUUCCAUGCACUGAAACCACAGGAAGACUAAAACAUUUAAUUUCAGGAGAAAAUAUUAACAUCUGCUGGAGUCCAGAUGGCCAGACAAUUGCUGUGGGAAACAAGGACGAUAUAAUCACCUUCAUUGAUGCAAAAACUCAUCGUUCUAGAGCCGAAGAGCAAUUUAAAUUUGAAGUGAAUGAAAUUUCGUGGAACAAUGAUACCGACCUGUUCUUUCUGACAAAUGGGAAUGGCUGCAUUAAUAUUCUAAGGUGCUAUGUUUGGUCUUUUACUACUGAAUUUCUUUAUUUCAAUUGGUUUAAAAUAUCUGGCCGUGCUUUUUACUGCAUAUUGCUUACCACAAGAUUUUGUAAAACUGCAACUUAAAGGAACACUACAGUCAUCCAGAACACUUCAUCUCUGUUAGUGCAGUGUCGUUCUCUUAACCCUGCAAUGUAAAACAUGGCAGUUUUUUUUUUUUACAAACUGCAAUGUUUACAUUGCAGGGUUACAUUCACCACUAGUGGCGGUCAGUAUGACUAGAGGCACUUCUACUGCACUGACUGAGCAAAACAUGUCAUGGAAGCCCCUCUAUGAGGAGCUGGAUUGGACCAUCGCAGAGGAGGGUAUGCCUCCUCUGUGGCGUCCCCGGGGAGGAGAGGUGAGCAGCGCCGACGGAACCUCAACAUUGGAAAAAAUUAAAUAAAAAUGUGUUUUCAACUUUUCUAUGUAAAAUGGAGGAAUGGAGUGUUAUUUUAAGUGUUACUCGCUAAUGUCCAUGUAUAAGCUAAAUAUGUGACUUUUCGACAAAAUUCCCUUUUGUUAGGAGAUAAGCUAAUUCCUCAUAUGGCUCUUAAGGGAACACUUUAUUGUCCAUCGGUGCUGGGCCGCCCUCCACUUCCGUCAACGUCACCGAUUGGGGGGGGCGGGGGGGGGUAGAGAAUUUUAUGCGCAUGUGCGCAGAUAAGUCCCUCCCCAUUAGAAAGCAUUGACUGAAAGCUAUCUUAUUGCAGGACAACCUCAUGCAAAGCAUUGAUUGCAAUAGCUUGCUACAGUAGUUAUGGUGCUUGGAGUGUUCCUUUAAUCUAAGACCCCCAAAAAUUAUAAAGUUACAUUGUGAAAUUAUAAAGUAGCACUACUGCACAGGGACUUUUUCAUGGCUGUAUGUUAGUAGUGUUUAGAAUUCUCUCCCAAUGCUGCCUUUCGGUGUGUCUCAAAUUACAUACUUUAACAAAUAUGUAAUUUAAAAAUGUAUGCACAUAUACAUAUUAUGUAUCAGACCUCAUGCAGUUGGCUCUCCUGUAUCUACUAUGUCCGCUGCCACGGUCUGAAUGUAGAAUUCUUUACCUCUGUGUUUUACUCUAUCCUGAAACUGUGUCUGCAUGUUUGGCUCAUUGUCACUCAUUGUUAUAAGCUCUGCCGUUUUCUGUAAUUGAAUAUGGAAACUGGAGGAGAGAAGCAUUGCGUGUUGCCUUAUAAUAAUGUAAAGUUUGCAGCUUUGUUUGUUACAUUUGUGUUGGCCAUUUAAUAGAACCUUUGACAUCUUACUGUUACAUUUCCUUUCAGUUACCCAGAACUCAAACCAGUGCAAUCCAUCAACGCUCACCCCUCUAACUGCAUCUGCAUCAAAUUCGAUCCCACUGGGAAAUACUUUGCUACAGGCAGUGCAGAUGCACUUGUGAGUCUCUGGGAUGUAGACGAACUGGUGUGUGUCCGUUGUUUCUCCAGGUAGGAUACUCUUUUCUCCAAUCGUUAUGAUGCUAACUUGGACAUGUAGUGCGAAACAAUAUUGACACAAACAGGAUUAUUCACUAAAGUGAGAAUUGAAAGUGAAAUUCAAAUUUAAGGUCAAAAUAGCUGAAUUGGAAAAAAGUGAGCUGUGCUUUCAGUUAGAAUAGUCUGACCUUAACUUUAAAAUUCACUUCUCGCUUGACAGACUAUGUAUAAUGGUUGCAGUUAUUUUUUCUACUUUGUAUUGUUAUUAGAGCUUCAGUAUGUAGCUAUUGAGAGUGAAAAUUACAUUGGAGAAUUAAAAGCCGUUUAUAAACACACACACCCUCUCUUUAAACACCCAGUAUAAGAAUUCCGGUCCAUUCCUAAUAGCUUAUUGCUAACAGGAAUUCUUGUGCUAUGUAAAAGGUUUGUCUAUUUCCACUAUUUAUGAUUAAAUACUGUUUUCUUUGAUUUACAGGUUGGAUUGGCCUGUUAGGACCUUGAGCUUCAGCUUUGAUGGCCAGCUGCUUGCAUCCGCUUCAGAGGAUCAUUUCAUUGACAUUGCACAAGUGGAAACUGGUAGGACUUAUUUUUCAGAAUCCGUUGUUACGUAUAGGCAAAUGCUGUGUAAAAACAAAAAAGCCCUAAACAUGUAGGUUUUUAAUGUACAUAAGUAAUUGGUGCAAAUAAAUAGAUGAGAAAUUAUUUGUGCCAAUAGUAGUAAAUAUAUUCAAGCCCUAAAAAAACCUAUUGAGUCCUAUGCAUUAUAAAAUCAAAUGCUUCUCGUAGUGGAGUUGUUUGGUUACCCUUCUAUGUGUGCCUACUCCAUUCGCAAAAGUUGCACAAAGAUUUUUUUGCCAGUCAGGAAGAGAGUAAUCCAGUUGGCUGAUUGACAGCCCAGGGAGGCAGUUCUACACAUACAAAUAAAUGUAUGUCCUCAAUGAAACCUAAAAAAAGUCUGCAUGACACCCUCUUCGGUUAGAUGACGUGGUUACUGUGAUUAGAGAGACCCUUUCAUGAUAAAGAAACUUGGUAUGGGGGAUUAAAGUCUUCAGUCACCAUACAAAUAUGUAGAGUGCAUGCCUUUUUAACAGAUAAGUAAGUGACAAUAAUUUUGUACACCUCCUAAAGCAUUGUAACCUUAAAAAAAAAAAAAAAAAAAAAUUACAGUUAGCAUUCCGUUUUAUAUCCAUAAUUCACUGAUAAAACUCGUUUUUGUUUUGCAAUGCGCAAUGGUCAUAUCCACUAAAACUACAUUAGCCCUGUAUAGUGUAUACAAUAAAAUCUUCCAAACCACACAUUAACCUGACUGAGAACUUGAAUGUGAAUGUCUGCAUAGCUUAAAAGUAUAUCAUUUCCUAGUACAUGCCUUUCACUGAGCACUAUAGAAAGUUAGCAAGCCAGAGAUUAUCUCUGAGAAGUAUGUUUAAUAAUAUUUCCUUCAUUUAAUGGAAGUUAAUAAUUUUGUCUUAAUUGAAAUCUAAACUGUCCACUUGCAAUUAGGAAUAAUAAACCAAGUGUAGAAUAGUCAGGUCUUUGGAGUCCAUGAAUGUGCAGAUAAACUGAUCAUGUUCAUCUUUCAGGUGAGAAGCUUUGUGAAGUCCAGUGUGAGUCUCCGACCUUCACAGUGGCAUGGCACCCCAAGAGAUACCUUCUUGCCUUUGCCUGUGACGAUAAAGAUGGAAAAUACGAAAACAGUCGGGAAGCUGGCACUGUGAAACUCUUUGGUUUGCCCAAUGACUCUUAAAGGAAGGUGUUCAUUCGUAGUUUGUGACAUUUAACGACGAUGUGGAACUGUAUACUAUUUAAAGAGCAUCGAUGAAGGCUAUUGGCAUCGCAUUGACACCUAAAUUUUAGGUGACUCCUUUAUUGAGACUGUCCAGGAAACGCCUUCUUUAUUACUCAGUUAAUAGCACCAAGUGACAAAAUAAAAUUUGUCAUUCAGGCUUAAUUUGGAAGUUAAGUUUUUUGCAAUGACUGUAAGCUAUUUUUUUUAAUAACACCUAAUAAAAUGUUUGCUUUUUUUUUUUUUUUUUGCUUUUUCAUUAUACCUGCAAAUGUGAACAUUUGUGAUUUAGCUUAGCUAAAUCGUUUUGAAAAUGGAAUUUGUAGGAAAAGAUUGUAGGAAUUUGAAGGGACUCCACCUUUGCCAUAUUUUUAAACAUGAGUUUAAUCCUUAUAAAUAUCACUCCCUACACCUUUUGCAUUGUUUAUCAGGUAUUUCAUAGUAAUAUGAUGAACAGGAGACAUGUGCAUUCUCAGUACAUAAUUUUAUUGUUCUUUCUGUGCUCUGUAUGAGUUAGCGUUACUACGUGUGCUUGUAACAUGUCUUUGGGCAUUGAUCCAUUGAUUUUAAUAUCUUUAAAGAGUUUAGUGAGGAAGGGUGUUAGUACCUGCUCCAGUUUGAUACAGUAGUAAUUAGAGAACCCGUCUGGGCCCGGUGCCUUGUGUUUAGAUCAUGAUAGCAUCGUUAAGCGGACCUCUUCCUCUGUAAAUGGAUUA